AUGGCUUGGCGGGGUGGGUGUGGCCCACUGCGGGGCGUCGUCGCCCGCAGAGCCGGGCGCGGGGCGCCUCCGGGCGGGCGGCGUAUUUUGGGCGGCGACGCGGGAGCUCGGGUUCGCUGCAGUGCGUCACCCCGCGAGCCCGCUGCGCGCCGCGCCGCUCGGGGAGGCAAAUCCGAUUUCCGUAAACGAGCCGCCCGCUUCCUGCCGGCGCCGCCCGCCGCUCGUCGACUCUUUGCCGCCGCGCCGGAGCGUGCGUUUAACCACAGGGCUGCGGUGGAGAGUUCAACACCAUUUCAAGAGGCUUUCCCGCAAGGGCAGGCCGCUUUCCCGCUGCUCACCGCCCAAGGGCAGGCCGCUUUCAGGCAAGCUGCUUUCCCGCUGCUCGUGGAUGCCCCCUCCCCGCUGCUCGCCGCCUUACUCGCACUGGAGUCCGCGCUCACUUGCGCGCCGCUGAACGGGAUAAGGAAAGGGCCCGGGGCGGCGGCGGGCGGCGCAGAUGUGCGGGUGGCGGAGGGGCUGUCGGAGCCUUGCAGUCGCUUUCGACAGACGCGCAGCGGGCGAUUAGCACUCGUUUGCAGUAUGGGUAAAGCUGAACAAAACUUUGAAGCCCAGCGUGAAGCAACGCUGGGCAGUCCACAUGCAGAGGCCAGUCGCAUGUUGGAAGCAGCAUUGCAACAAAUGGAUGGAAUUAUUUCUGGUGGGUACCAUUUAAGCUUACAAUGUAAAUAAUAGAAUUGUUUGUUUUGAGAUGUUAAGUUAUUGAAUUUCUGUGUUAUUUUAAGAAGGAAGAUUUUGCAAAAAGAAAUAAGAAUUAACAUUUCAGUUUUAC